UUCUCGCUGACUGCUCAAGCUCUGUGAGGGCUUUUUGAGCAUCCGGGAAGCAAAACAUGCAGAUCUUCGUCAAGACCCUCGGCGGGGCCAGCCUCCCCCUGGAGGUGUCGCCCGCCACCUCCAUCACGGCCGUCAAGGCCGCGGUGGAGGCGCAGGAGUUCCUCCCCGCCGCCCUCAUGCGCCUCAACCACGGCAACGCCCAGCUCAGCUCGGGCUGCCUGGCUGACGCCGGCAUCGAGGAGGCCGACACCCUGACCCUCCUGCUGGACGUCAGGGGCGGCAUGCGCGCCAAGUGGCGCAAGAAGCGCAUGCGCCGCCUCAGGCGCAAGCGCCGCAAGAUGCGCCAGCGCGCGCGUUAAGCGCCACACGCGUAGGAGCACAUGCAGUCGUGGAGGGGAGAUAGACUGAUGCUGUCGUCGUUCUUAGGAAAUGGAGGAGGCGUUCGCUUCGUGUUCCCUUUGCCACUGUGUCUGUUGUGUGCGUGCGUGCGCGGGGGAGCCUGGGCUUGUCGACAUAUUUCAACUUGCGGUUUGGUCGGCAUGGCGCAGUGGGACGACUUGUUGAGCCGUGUUACUUUCGUUUUGUCAGCUGUCGCCCUUUCAGUACGCAGUGGGUUGGAUGAAAUGAUCAAUCACGGUGCCGAUAGUGGCUGAUUGUGUUGUGUCCGAAAAUGCCAAUGUUGAUGUGUCUGCUCGCGGGCAUCUCUUGGUUGCGUUUUCCGGCUGUGUCGGGAGGCGUGUCCUUGUCUGGGGUGUAAGGCGAGGCGAUCUGCGGACGUUGCACACCGAGUUCGCAACGGUGUUUUUUUGCUUGCGUUGGUGUCGUCGCAAGACUUUGCUGUCGUCUAGAAGAAAAUAUCGUCGAACUAUCUACUUUCCGUUUCUUGUUUUCGCCCAAUCGUAUCGCGUCCUCGCACGACGGUGCGUGUGUGUAGGAAAAUGUCCCUCACGGUGCUUUCUGCGGGCGCCUUUGCCCCGCUUGCUGCCAUGCAUUCGCCAGAUGAACCUAGGCUUGUGUAUAAGGAUACCGUGUGCUCCCACAGCUGAAAUGCAUGCUGUCCACCUCACAACAAGUUGCGAAACAUCGUGUUGCGUGAUGUUCAGGGUUAUCAUCCUCCCAACGAGUCUGUACUGCAA